AUGAAGAGAGAUUGCGCAUUCGAGUUUUUCUCGGCUUGUUCCCGCUGGGUCGCCGUCCAGGUCGAGCGACGAGGAGCCGGCGCGGAGUUGGCCGUGGACGGACGACAACGGACGCGCCCAGGUGGACAGCCGGCGAGGCAUCGUGAUAGAGACGAGGAUCAAAGCAUACGGAAGAGAGAGGACCGCCCAGCAACAGGGCGACGCCGCCGCGCGAGGCGAGACAAAACAACACGCACCACCCGGCGGCAGAGACAUUUGUUCAUUCGCUUGGGGCGCGCCUGGCAGGGAUCGCCAAGCCACACUGCAACAGCUGGCCGCGUCCAGAUCGCCGUCGCCGAGGGUGACACACUGACUUAUUAG